UGACUCGACUACGCAUGAUUUUUUUGUACUUAAAAAUAAGCAUAUUUUAUGAAAGACGGUACGCUUGUCUUCCCACGUAGUUUCGAGCUGUUUGUGAGCAUGAGUCUCGAGCAUCAUGAAUCUUCCUGUACAGGAUCUGUAGCUGGUGUGGAUAGAAGAUUGAUGUCUGACACAUUCACCAUAGGAAGAAGACACAUUUGUGUCUGAGCUUAUGGCGGUAGCCAAUGGCACAAUCACAGAGGUGUCUUUUCUGUACCAGCAACUCUUUAAGAUAGACUUUGAUGCUGGCACUCAAACAAAAAUUUCAUUGGCUGUGCUUAUACCCCUGUUCUUCAUCUUUGUAAACUGUGUCAUGCUCUUUGCUUUAGGAAGCAAGCCUGUAUUUUAUGAAACUCCACGCUACAUUCUGUUUGGUCACAUGCUUAUAAAUGAUUCUGCACUUUUGUCAUUUACAACCAUUAUUUAUAUUUUGGGUUGUAUCCCAAUGCAAAUCACCAAAGCCUUGUGUGCUCUUUUUGUCUUUAUCUCUCACUGCACUUUCCGUAACUCUCCUUUGACACUCGCAGUGAUGUCUCUGGAGCGAUAUGUGGCUAUCUGCUUCCCUUUAAGACACUGCAACAUUGCCACACCAAGAAAGACCACCAUCAUUUUGGGAUUAAUAUGGAUCCUUAGCUCUCUAAAUAUUGCUAUAGAUAUAAUUUUAGUAUUAAUUGUCAACCCCAGUAGCUUAUCAGAUAAUUCAUUUUGCACGUACGAGAAACUGUUUGUAGCAAAAUGGCAGAUGGAUAAAGCUCAAGGGUUUGAUAUUCUUUAUUUUGUGUCUGUUGCAGUAAUUAUUAUUUUUACUUACAUUCGGAUUAUGAUUACAGCCAGGUCUGUUACAUCUGAUAAAGAUUCAGCAAAAAAAGCCCUCAGGACAGUGCUAUUGCACCUGAUUCAACUUUGCCUGUGUCUCACCUCUUUUCUAUAUGCUACAAUUGUGAAAGCAUUGUACAUGAUGUCAGGUAACAAUACUUCUUUCUUUAUAAACCUCAGAUAUCUGAAUUAUAUUACUGUUCUUAUUCUGCCACGCUGCUUGAGCCCUUUGAUAUACGGUCUGAGAGACAUGACCUUGCUGCCUUUAUUCAAAUUUUACUUCUGUUAUUGUUCCGGUAGAGCAAGACCCCGUGUUACUGUUCAUUAACUGAUCUGGA